CCGCGGGGAUCGCGCGCUGUCAACUUUCUUAUGCACGUUUGUGUCCUAGAACGGUGACGAUUUCACACAGGCAUUGAGUCGUCGCUAUGCCUCCGCCGUCGAAGAUGCCACCUGCAUCGCAAUCAAAGGGCAUAGCUGCCCAGUCAGGGACAGCGAAGCCCAAAAAAACUCCCCCACCAACCCCCUUCGCCAUGAAGCCCAUCACAGCCCUGUGGGUAUUCCUCUUCUUCAACCUCCUCGCCGCCCUCACCUCCCCCAUCGAAGACUGCGACGAGACAUUCAACUACUGGGAGCCCACCCACUACCUCGCCCACUCCUCCGGGCUACAGACAUGGGAGUACUCCCCCGUGUACUCGAUCCGGAGUUGGGCGUAUGUCGGUCUCCAUGCCCUUGUUGGGAGUGUCCGACGACUCUUGCCUUUCCCGACGAAGGUGGGGGAGUUUUAUUUUAUAAGGUAUACGCUGGCCUUUGUGUGUGCGGUGUGUCAGACGCAGUUAUUCCGUGUUAUUAGCAUUACGCUCAACCCACGCAUCGCGCUGUUCUUCUUACUUGCUAUGAUAAGCAGCCCGGGGGUGUUUAGGGCGGCGACGGCGUUUCUGCCGAGUAGUUUCGCGAUGUAUACUACGAUGCUUGGGAUGGCGGCUUUUAUUAAUUGGAGGGGGGGAUUGAGGACGGCGCAGGGGGUGUUUUGGUUCGCGGUGGGAGGGGUGUUGGGAUGGCCUUUUUCGGUGGCGUUAGCAGUGCCGUUUUUGGUGGAGGAGGGGGUUUUGGCGGUUGUUAAUGGGAGGGAGGCGUUUGUUGAUGCGGUGAGGAGGUUGGUGAAGGGGGUGGGGGCGUCGCUUUUGGUUGUGCUCGCCGAAUUCACAAUCUCCUCAACCUUCUACCGCCUCCCCACCCUCGUCCCCCUCAACAUAGUCCUCUACAACGUCUUCAGCCCCCCCCACAAAGGCCCCAACAUCUACGGCACCGAGCCCUGGUCCUUCUACAUCCGCAACCUCCUCCUGAACUUCCACAUCUUCCUCCCUCUCGCCCUAGCCUCCCUCCCGCUCUUCAUCCUCCUAAAACUCUUCUCCCGCCAGCCCCUCGCCUCGGGACUGCGGACCUUGGUGUUUAUAACGCCGUUUUACCUGUGGCUCGCGAUUUUCUCGGCUCAGCCGCAUAAGGAGGAGCGGUUUAUGUACCCGGCGUACCCGGCGCUGGCGCUGAAUGCGGCGAUCUCGCUGCAUAUCCUCCUCGCGGCUCUGGGGCAGUCGUCGCCGCGCACGCUGAUCGGUCGCGUCCCAGCAGGGCUAAAACUCCUCCUCGUCGUCUCCACGCUGGGAACUUCCAUCAUCCUAGGAUUCUCUCGCAUCCUCGGCGCCUAUGACGCUUUCUCUGCACCUCUGCAUAUCUACGAACCACUGCAAUCACCAGGGGUCGCGGUGGAGGGGUCGUCGCUGUGUUUGGGGAAGGAUUGGUAUAGAUUUCCUUCUUCGUAUUUUUUGCCAGAGGGGAUGAGGGCGAGGUUUGUUAGGAGCGAGUUUAGGGGGUUGUUGCCGGGGCAGUUUGGGAAGCAGGGUGGAGAGGGGGGGGAAGGGGGGUGGUGGCCGGGGACGUGGGUGGUGCCGGAGGGGAUGAAUGAUGAGAAUUUGGAGGAUGUGGGGAAAUAUGUCGAUAUCGCCACCUGCGAUUUCCUAGUCGACACCCACUUCCCCUCCUCCACCCCCUCAGCCCUGGAACUUGCAUACAUGCUCGAUACAGAGACGUGGGAGGUGGUGAAGUGUGAACGCUUUAUGGAUGCGGGGAGGACGGGGUUGUUGGCGAGGUUGGGGUGGGUGCCGUUGGGGUUGGGGGGGGAGAGGGUGUAUGGGGAGCAUUGUUUGUUGAAGCAGAGGGUUGGGAGGAAGUGAGGUGAGGAGAGGGGAGGUGUAUGAUAUGGUGUUUAUAUAUUAGAUGGGUGUACGGGGUGUGGUUGGAUGUAGUGUUGGUGGUGUAUUAUAUGAAUACCACAAAAAGGGCGAUAGACCCGUUAUAUGCGCCAGCAGCAUCUCGUCACUCCCACGUGUCCAUAUGCACCACCCCCAUGCUCUCCAUCUAUAAAACCAGUCCGCGCGACUAUUUUCUUCCAAUUCCAACUCACGAGAUAGAUGUCCGCAACGCACAUGUUGCGUUGUUCUCGCCGCAAUGGACUUAGGAAGAAUAUGAGUCUCCACGAUAAACGUGGGUGGGUGGGUGCGGCGUUGAGAGGGGGGCCUACUAUUGUCACCGCACCCUCUCACCACUAUCAAUAUCUUGUCACCGCUAGAUUUUUACCACAUUGCACCGCCAGUGCCGCAGGGUAUAGACGGCGCGAGAGCACGGGGUGGUGAGCACAGGCGAGGAGGGGGGCGUGGUGGAUUGCGCGGUGGAUUGCGCGGUGGUGGGGGACGGGUUCUGGAACUGCAUGUAGUCGAUCAGGUGUUUGGUUGAGAGGAG